CCAUAAUUACUCCACCUUGUUUUCUGUCCUGAUUGCGAGGCGAAGAGUUUGGAUGCUCUGGGUUGCCGUAGGAUUGGAAAUUCAUUCUGAUAGUGGAAUAUGGCCGUGGAGGUAAAUUCGUCAACUUUGCAGGCGUAAAUUACUCAUACGAUUAUGAAGCAGAGAUGUUCAGGAAUGGGCGUAGACAAGUAGUUUAGGAUUCUGUACUAUUCGUUAUGGGGACUUCAAGGACUAUAGCAGAAAUACGUGACAACUCCAGUUAACUUUGUUGUUUGCAUUUGUGGAGGACCGUUCGUGCUGGAUGCUACUGGAGAGCAGACGGUUUUGUAUUAUCGUUAACGAAAGGCUUUUUAAGGCUGUCUUAUGAUCUCUGGUUUUAUGCGCUCUGGUCUGUUUUUGCACUGGUUUAGGUAACUGCACUAUCUGGAAAAUGUUUUUUCCAAAGCCUGCAAAGCCAACAUUCAAAUCGUACAUCUGUCCUCCGCAGCAAGAAGAUUUUGUUCAGGAGCCUUUUAACACAAAGCUGGAACCAGUUCUGCUUCCCGGGGAAAUUGUAGUAAAUGAAGUUAAUUUUGUAAGAAAAUGCAUCUCAUCAGAUACAACUAAGCAUGACCUCUGGGGAAAGCUGCUGUGUACAAAUUUCAAGAUUUCUUUCAUUACUGAAGAUCCCACACCUCUUCAGAAGUUCCACUUACAGAAUUUUCUACUUGGGGAACAUGAUAUCCCUCUUACAUGUAUAGAGCAACUUGUGACAGUUAAUGACACGAAAAGGAAGCAGAAAGUAUUGAGCUCUAAUCAGAAACUGAAGUUUAAUCCUACUGAGUUAAUAAUUUAUUGUAAGGAUUUCCGUAUAAUACGAUUUCGAUUUGAUGAAGCUGGCCCUGAAAGUGCAAAAAAGGUUUGCCUUGCAUUAGCGCAUUAUACCCAACCAACUGACAUUCAGCUGCUUUUUGGGUUUGAAUAUGUUGGAAAGCUGUACAGCAAUCCAGCUUGCAAAACAAAUGGUGUAGAUCCAGGAGGUGGCGGUGGUGGCUAUUUUCAGACAUCAUUGUUUGAAACCUACUCUGACUGGGACAGAGAAAUCAAAAGAACUGGUGCAUCAGACUGGCGAGUUAGCGCAGUCAACAAAGGCUACAUGAUGUCCAUUUGUCUUCCAGAAUAUUUUGUGGUUCCUUCAUCUUUGGCUGAUCAAGACUUAAAGAUCUUUUCUCAGCAGUUUGUUGGUAGGCGAGUACCAGUUUGGUGUUGGAAUUAUACUAAUGGAAGUGCCCUCGUGAGAAUGGCGAAUUGGAAAGAAGAAUUCCAACAGAAUAAAAAAAUAGACCAAAGGAUUUGUCAUGCAAUAACUAGAAGCCAUCCUCAGAGGAAUGAUGUUUACAGGUUGUUAUUGGACAAGACGCUUCCAAAUAUCCAAGAAAUUCAGGCUGCCUUUGUCAAGUUGAAACAACUGUGUGUUAACGAGCCUUAUGAAGAAACCGAAGAAAAGUGGUUGUCUUCAUUGGAAAGUACUCGCUGGCUUGAAUACAUUCGGUCCAUUUUGAAAAUUUCAGUAGAAGCUGCAGUCAUGUUAGACAGUAAACGUUCUGUACUUCUACAAGAGGAAGAGGGCAGAGACCUGACCUGUGUUGUUGCAUCCCUUGUGCAAGUAAUGAUGGACGCUCACUUUCGUACUGUCAUAGGAUUCCAGAGUCUAAUACAAAAAGAAUGGAUUAUGGCAGGCUAUAGAUUUCUGGAUCGAUGUAACCACUUAAGUAAAUCAGACAAAGAAGAGUCUCCUGUGUUUUUGCUUUUCCUGGACUGUGUCUGGCAGUUACUUGAACAGUAUCCUGCAGCCUUUGAGUUUACUGAAACCUACUUAACAGUGCUUUAUGACAGCACAUGGAUCCCUCUGUUUGGCACUUUCCUCUUCAACUCUCCGUACCAUCGAGUGAGGCAGAUCAUAGAUUUUGCAAUGAACAAAAACAUCCAGUGUGGUGAUGAGAAAGGCUUGAAGUUCCCUUCUGUAUGGGAAUGGUCACUGCAGUUUUCAGCUAAAGAUCAGAGACUGUUCAACAACCCACUGUACAUUGGGAAGAAAGAGUCUUAUAUACCAAAUGGAUCUGCAUCAAUCAAGUCUUCCAAAAGGAAUAAGAAAAACUACAGUUCAACUCUACGUGGUAUGCCCUCUGUGUUGAAAAAUGGCAUCAUCUGUGAUCAAGAAUCGUAUCCAAGAAGAAACUCUCUGGUACUCAAAGUAAAACCAGACUUGGCUCAACAAAAUGACAGUCCAUUGAGUGAUAUUGAACGCUAUAUUCGAGACUGGUUUUCCAAGCCUGUUGACCUACAUGGCGUAAUUCUUCCCCAGCUGUUUGGGACACACAUAAAACUGUGGAAACUGUGCUAUGUUCGCUGGAAUCCAGAAGCUCAGAUAAACAGUGGAGGUUCUGUUACAGCUUUUCAGAAAGCUUCAUUACUAGCAGAUGAAAUACAAAUGCUGCAGAGACGUUUAAGAGAAUCCCAACGCAGCCCUUAUAUGCAGGCCAUCUCCCCAGAACUAGAGUCACGAAAGAUGUAUUUUAGAGCAGACGAACAAACUAGGUCUCCUGGAAACUUGGAAAUACUUUCUUCUUCCUUUCCAUUUUCUCCUGUAGGGAAUUUAUGCAGACGAAGCAUUUUGGGAACACCACUAAGCAAGUUUUUAAGUGGUGCCAAAAUCUGGCUUUCCACAGAAACACUUGCAAAUGAUGACUGAACGUAGUGUUUGAUUACUAAGCUGCUGUAAAAGAAAGUUUCAGAAUUAACUGGUCAAAACCCCUAGUCUAAAGCUAAUGUAUUUAACUGUUACAACAGAGACUGUUACCACAUUGUCAAGUGUGGUAUGGUAUUACUUUAAAUUAUUUGCACAGGUAGGGAAAGAUCAAACAAAUUUAACUGAGAUUCAGACGCACAAUUUUGUUUUAAUUCUGGAGACCAUUUUAUUGUAUUUUAUUUGCAAUUUGGUUGACUUUUUCAAGUCUUGCACUGGCCCAUGACAAAAAAAAUUGAGUCUGAAUGUCAGUGCAAAUGAAACUAGAAAUAUAGUUGAUAAUACAAUUUAUUUGACCACUGGCACAUUGUUGACUUAUCUUUACUAAAACUGUAUUUGUUUAAAAUAUUUUCAGAUAGCUGUAUAGAUUACAUUGGAAAUAACUUUGAUGUGCACUGUUUUGUGUAUAAAAAUAUAUAUGUUGUAGAUAUUGGUAAAUUUAUAGCCUUAAAAAGUGCCUUUAUUAAAAUUUUAAGAUUAAUAUGACCUAUGUAUAUAAUGCACAGUGAACUGUACAGUCCUUCAUAAAUAGGAUUUUACAGCACAGGAGUGUAUAUUUUAUUGUUUUGCUUUAUUUGCUAAUUAAUAUUAGACAUUCUGCCAAAUUCAGAGUUCAGUAGUAUGAUGCCAUUUCAGGCUAGCACUGGUUUCAUCUACACAAGAUUAGUUUUUUCAAUCCUGUGGUCGGUUGCCUGUUACACACCUUUGGUACAUGAAGGAUUGUGGGAAAAAUGCAAUAGUAAUGUGCAGUCUACAUUUUCACUCAAUUUAUAUUAUCUGGCUUUUUGAAGUAAUAGCUGUAGAGGCAGUUGUGUUUUGUAACUUGAAGUGCACACGUGGAACCUAGUAAGACUGUAGUUUGAUUGGAGUGUCAAGGAAAGGUGAUGUACUGUGGUAGUGUCAGUGUCGAAAGGACAUACCUAUAUUUUAACUUUUGACCGAGUAUACCAAGCCACUGCCUUUCUAGUUAUGUGGCUUAUUUCCUGCAGAGGAAAAAAUGUUCAAAGUUCACUGCCAUGUUUAAAUAAAGGAUCUAUAGCCUGUCA